AUGCGUGGUGUGCCAUUCUGGGAAAAGCUAGAGCGACGAAGAGGCAAGGAAAAGGAGACGAUUGUCAGAUAUCUGCCCGCUUCCCGUCGUACGUUUGCAAAGCGUUCGCAAUGUGGUGGUCUGGGGGGGGGACCACACUAGCGCUGCUCGCCAUCGCCAUCGCCAUCGCCAUCGCCUCUGCCGCGCGCCAACAAAUCCAUCAGUCAAAGAUGUGCUGGCAUGCACAAAAGAAGGUAAUUUUUUGCUCGACAGCGAUCGAGCGUGUCCUUUGCGUCUCGUCAUGGUCGUGUAG